AUGUGCUCGAACAACGAAAUUUCGAAAGAGACUCUUCAAGAGUCUAUUGACCGCUUACUUCAAUAUGCUCAUGGUCAUCAUCAAAGGAAAUUCGUGGAGACUGUUGAAUUACAGAUUGUACUGAAAAAUUAUGAUACUAACCGUGAAAAACGUUUUUCUGCCAAUAUUCAACUUCGUCAUCCAACACGUUCUCGUUACAAAGUUUGUGUCUAUGGCGAUGAACAACAUUGUGACGAAGCUCGUCUACACAAUAUUCCGUAUAUGUCAACCGAUGAUUUACGACGUAUGAACAAAGAUAAAAAGAAGAAAAGAAAACUCGAACAUCGUUAUCAUGCUUUCUUAGCCUCGGACAAUAUCAUUCGUCAAAUUCCACGUCUACUCGGUCCGGGUAUGGGUCGCAUCGGGAAAUUUCCAACAGUAGUCAGUCAUACGGAAUCAUUAUGUGACAAAAUCGAGCAAAUGAAAGCAAUGGUUCGAGUUCGUUUGAAAAAGCAACCUCUCAUUAAUGUUCCUGUUGGACAUGUGAAUAUGACACAAGCGCAAUUGACGAGUAACAUUUCUAUGACAAUUAGUUGCGUUGUAGCAUCCGUACCAAAACAUUGGCAACACGUUCAAAAAGUAUUCAUUAAAACUACAAUGGGACCAUCCCAUCGUCUCUACUAA